UUUUCCAUACAAAUUGUGAAAUUUUUUGUUCUAGUUCUGUAAAAAUUGCCAGUGGUAGUUUGAUAGGGAUUGCAUUGAAUCUGUAGAUUGCUUUGGGUAGUAGAGUCAUUUUCACAAUGUUGAUUCUUCCAAUCCAAGAACAUGGUAUAUCUCUCCAUCUAUUUGUAUCAUCUUUAAUUUCUUUCAUCAGUGUCAUAAUUUUCUGCAUACAGGUCUUUUGAGACUAGUCAAUUUCAUGUGUUUUGUUUUGUUUCCUUUUCUGAAUAGGAGUGUUCACUGUAGUUGUCCUGUUCCUAUUCCACCAAUUGUAUAUUUGGUGUUAUAAGGGCAGAUAAUUUGUCCUCUUGGUGCAUAGAUCUCUAGAUCAAAAAAAGCCACAUCUCCUGAUACUGAUACUACUACAUAUACCCCUUGCUGUAGAGACAGCUGUGCUCCACCUAGAUCUCUUGGACUUUGAGCAUGAUGUCAUGACUGGACAGGACUUGGAGAAUGUCUGUGUGGAGGAGGGGGUUGUGUAGUGUAUACUUGGCCUGUGGUAGAGAAAGUGAAAUCAACAUUUGGUAACUAGAAGGGUAGAGUGUAGCAGUUGUUUGUGCUGUUAACCAAAUAUUUCUGGCUCUCUUGUUUAUGGACCCAGGGUAGGAUGGCUCUUCUCCACCACCUUUGAAGUUAGGUGUGGCAAUGUGAGUGAAGAUGACAUAUCAUUUCUAGGCAGAAGUUUUAAAAGUCAUUAUGUGAUGAACUAUGCUCCCUUUGGCCUGCCUUUCAAAUCAUGAAAACAUAAGAGAUGGAACCUUGCUUUGCCUGGAUCCCACAGACCAUCCCAACACUAGGGUAAAUGAAAAAUAGGCAUUUGUUGUUUUAGCCACUGAGAUUUGGGUUGGUUUUUUUGUUUGUUUGUUUGUUUUUUACAAGAGCAUAACAGCCUAUACCAGCUGAUAAAGCGCAUGUUGAAAAGUCUGGGUUAGAACAGUUGGACAAGAAAAAGAAAUAAAAGGUAUCCAAAUUAGAAAAGAAGAAGUAAAAUCAUCUCUGUUCACACAUGAUAUGAUCUUAUGUAGAAAAUCCUAAAGAAUCCAUUUGUAAAAUCUGUUACAACUAAUUAAUGAUUUUAACAAAGUUUCAAGAUACAAAAUCAACAUGGAAAAAUCAGUUGUAUUUCAGUACGCUAACAAUGACCAAUGAAAAAAGAAACUAAGGAAACAAUCCAAUUUGCUAUUGCAUCAAAAAGAAUAAAAUACGGCUUCCCUGGUGGCGCAGUGGUUGAGAGUCCGCCUGCUGAUGCAGGGGACACAAGUUCGUGCCCCGGUCCGGGAAGAUCCCACAUGCCGCGGAGCGGCUGGGCCCGUGAGCCAUGGCCGCUGAGCCUGCGUGUCCAGAGCCUGUGCUCCGCAACGGGAGAGGCGACAACAGUGAGAGGCCAGCGUACUGCAAAAAAAAAAAAUAAAUAAAAUAAAAUAAAAUACCGGGCUUCCCUGGUGGCGCAGUGGUUGAGAGUCUGCCUGCCGAUGAAGGGGACACGGGUUCGUGCCCCGGUCCGGGAAGAUCCCACAUGCCGCGGAGCCUGCGCGUCUGGAGCCUGUGCUCCGCAACGGGAGAGGCCACAACAGUGAGAGGCCCGCGUACUGCAAAAAAAAAAAAAAAAAAAAAAGAAUAAAAUACCUAGGAGUAAACCUAACUAAGGAGGUGAAAGACUUGUACACUGAAAAUUACAAAAUGUUGCUAAAAGUAAUCAGAGAAGAUACAAGAGAAUGGGAAGACAUUCUGUGCUCGUGGAUUGGAAGACUCAAUAGCAAUAAAAUGUCCAUACUACCCAAAGCGAUUUAUGGAUUCAAUACAAUCUCUUAUCAAAAUACCAAUAACAGGGCUUCCCUGGUGGUGCAGUGGUUGAGGGUCCGCCUGCCGACUGGGGGGACGCGGAUUCGUGCCCCUGUCCGGGAGGAUCCCGCAUGCCGCGGGGUGGCUGGGCCUGUGGGCCGUGGCCGCUGGGCCUGCGCGUCCGGAGCCUGUGCUCCACAACGGGAGAGGCCGCGGUGGUGAGAGGCCCGCGUACCGCUAAAAAAAAAAACCCGUGACGUUUGUAGAAAUGGAAAGGAAAAAAUGCCAAAACUGGUAUGAAAUCUCAAGGGAUCCCGAAUAGCCAAAACAAUCUUGGAAAGGAAGAACAAAGUUGGAGGCCUCAUGCUUCCUGAUUUCAAAACAUACUACAAAGCAAAGUAGUAAUCAAAACAGUGUUUUACUGACAUAAAGACAGAUAUAUAGACCAAAUGCAAUGAUAGAGAGCCCAGAAAUAAACCCAUACACAUACAGCCGUUCCUUUAUAUUAGCAGGGGAUUGGUUCCAGGACCCUCACAGACGCCAAAACCCGUGGAUGCUCAAGUCCCUAAUAUAAAAUGGUGAAGUAUUUGCGUAUAACCUAUGCACAUCCUCCCAUAUACUUUAAACCAUCUCUAGAUUACUUAUAAUACCUAAUGCAAUGUAAAUAGUUACCAGUGCACAGCAAAUUCAAAUUUUGCUUUUGGGAAUUUUCUGGAACUUUUUCCCCCAAAUAUUUUCUAUCCCCAGCUGCUUGAAUCCACUGGUGCAAUACCUUCGGAUAUGUUGGGCUGACCGUAUUGCCAGAUGAUUCUCUACAAGGGUACAAGACCACACAUGGGAAAAGGACAGUCUCUUCAACAAAUGGUUCUCAGAAAACUGGAUAUCCACAUUGCAAAAGAAUGAAGUUAGACUCUUACACCAUAUACAAAAAUUAACUCAAAGUGGAUUAAAGACCUACACACAUGACCUAAACUAUAAAACUAGAAGAAAACAAGGGAGAAAACUUUAGGACAUUGGAUUUCACAAUGAUUGAUUGGGUGUGACACCAAAAGCAUUGACAACAAAAGCAAAACUAGACAAAUGGGACUACAUCAAACUUAAAACCUUUUGUGUAUCAAAGAAACAAGAGAGUGGAAGGCAAUCUAUGGAAUUGGAGAAAAUAUUUGGAAAUCAUAUAUCUGAUUAGGGAUUAAUAUCCAGAAUUUAUAAGGAACUUCAACUCAACAACAAAAAACAGUCUGAUUUUAAAAACAGGCAAAAGACUUGAACAGACAGUUCUCUGAAGAAGAUAUACAAAUAGCCAAGAAGCACAUGAAAAAGAUGCUCGACAUCACUAAUCAUGAGAAAGACAAAUCAAAACCACAAUGAGGUAUUACAUCUCUCCCGUUAGGGUAGCCACUAUCAAAAGAACAAAAUGAACAAGGGUUGGUGAGGAUGCGACAAACAUCCUAUUAAUUGGAACACUUGUGCACUAUAGGUAGGAAUGUAAAAUGGUACAGCUGAUAUGGAAAAUAGUAGUUUAUGAGGUGGUUCCUCAAAAAAAUUAUAGAAUUACCAUAUGACCUGGCAAUCUUACUUCUAGUUAUAUAUACAGUAGAAUUCAAAGCAGAGUCUGAAAGAGAUAUGUGCACACCCAUGUUCACUGCAGCAUUAUUCACAAUAACCAAGAGGUGGAAGAAACCCAAAUAUCCACUUAAAAAUGAUAAAGAUGGAAAAUGUAAUGUGAUGUGUGUUUUACUACAAUUAAAAAACAUAUUACAAGAUCCAAGUGAUGCACAGUGAGAAAUGAAAGUUUAAUGAUCAAAGGAAGUCACAGACCCAUUAAGAAUUGCUUCUCUGUUUGCUGUAGUCCUGUGGGACUCAUGGACACAAGCCCUGUUGGCUUUCAGAGCUAGGUGUUUUAGGGACCCAUCCUGAUGUGAGAACCUUAAAAGUUGGGGCACAAGAUGUGGGUCCAAACCUUUCACUCCUCAGGGAGAAGGUGGGAAUUGGGGGUUCCUCUCCAAUUGUAUGGCCCUGUACUGAGGGUGAGAUUCAUGGUGAGAGUGUGUCUCAGCCUUUCGUACCCAUUUUGAGGUAUUUUCUCAUCUACUCAAUGUGUAGAAGUCGCUAAGCUAGUUUCUGGAUUUCUCCCAGAGGAUUUGCUGUGUACGUGGCUAUAUAUUCUGUGUGUCCAUGGGAGGAAGGACGUUCAUGAGCCUUCUAUGUCACCACCUUGGUCCCUCUUCAUAAUAAGGAAAUUUUUUAAUUAUAGAAAAAUGCAAGGAAGUGCUCAAAAAUUGAUGGGGACUUGCCAAAAGAAACAGGAACCAGCUUGAAAAGUCUCAUGUUGGUCAAAUUUGAGACAAUUUAAGGAUCAAAAUUAGUAAUGACAGUAGUGGAUUAUCACAUGAUUAUUUUUAAUUUUUAUUGAUAUAUAUUUGAUGUAUAACAUUGUAUAAAUGUAAGGUGUACAACAUGUUCAUUUUUAAUAAAGAAUCAUGUGUCCAUAAGAUAUUAAGAAUAAACAAAGAAAAUGGGAGAGAUGGGGGAGCUUUUUUGUAUAGGAAUAUUACAACUAAUAAAUGUAGAAGGAAGGAUGGAAAUAUAAAAUCAUUUACAAUCACCAUUGUAAUAACUGAUUUGGGCAAGAAUCAUCGGUGGAUGUCAGAACCAUUGGUAAAAAGCUGUAGGGAACAAGAUACUUUCAGAACCUCAGAGUAUUAUCCCAUAGAUUACUAUACAUACCUUUACGAUAGAGAAAUUUGGCAAACACUGCCUUACCCAAAUGAUCAAACUUGAUGUCACUACUGAUGGGACAAACUGGCAUAAUGUACAUCAUGGUGUGGGGUAUAUAAGGAUACAUUAAUUAUGUAGUAUUUUUGUCCCCCCAGAUUAAAAAAAAAAAGCCUAAAUCUAAUUAUGAGGAAACUGAAAUCCAAAGUUUAGGGACAUUCUGCAAAACAGUCGGUUUGGAGUCUUAAAAAAUGUCAAUGUCAUGAAAAAAAAAAAAAGGCUAGAGAACUGUUUUUAUAUUAAAGGAGACUAGGCAUGAAAACUAAAUGCAAUGUGUGAUCCUUGAUUGUACCCUGAAUUUAAAAAGUAAGAAACUGUAGAGUUCUCAGAACUCCUGGUAUGAACGUCUUCCCUUGGGUGGAUUCUUGGCUUUUCUCCCAGCAUGGCUCCCAAACACCAGUCUUCACUUCCACCCCAAGCAAAGAAACCGAAGAAACCAAGACUGACUCCUGCCUCCAGGCCAGAGGAAACGUCUGCUUCUCCGAACUUGACCAACGAAGAAAAAGAACAGCAAGAAGCAAUUGAACAUAUUGAUGAAGUACAAAAUGAAACAGACAGACUUAACGAACAAGCCAGUGAGGAGAUUUUGAAAGUAGAACAGAAAUAUAACAAAAUCCGCCAACCAUUUUUUCAGAAGAGUUCGGAAUUGAUGGCCAAAAUCCCAAAUUUUGGGGUAACGUUUGUUAACCAUCCACAAGUGUCUGCACUGCUUGGGGAGGAGGAUGAAGAGGUGCUGCAUUAUUUGACAAGUGAAGUGACAGAAUUUGAAGAUAUUAACUCAGGUUACACAAUAGAUUUUUAUUUUGAUGAAAACCCUUACUUCGAAAAUAAAGUUCUCUCCAAAGAAUUUCAUCUGAAUGAGAGUGGUGAUCCAUCUUCAAAGUCCACUCAAAUCAAAUGGAAAUCCGGAAAGGAUUUGACAAAACGUUCAAGUCAAACGCAGAAUAAAGCCAGCAGGAAGAGACAGCAUGAGGAACCAGAAAGCUUCUUCACCUGGUUUACUGAUCAUUCUGAUGCAGGUGCAGAUGAGUUAGGAGAGGUCAUCAGAGAUGAUAUUUGGCCAAAUCCAUUACGGUACUACUUGGUUCCGGACAUGGGUGAUGAGGAAGGGGAAGGAGAAGAAGAUGAUGAUGAUGAUGAAGAGGAAGAAGGAUUGGAAGAUAUUGAUGAAGAAGGGGAUGAGGAUGAAGGUGAAGAAGAUGAAGAUGAUGAUGAGGGGGAGGGAGGAGAGGAAGAUGAAGGAGAAGAUGACGAAUGGAACACUGAUGGAUUCCAACCUUCCUUUUUAAAUUUUCUCCUGUCUCUCGGAGCAAGUUGCAGUCUUUUUCUUUUCUCCUCUUGCGUUCAGGCGCCCUGUUUUUGAGGUCUCUUUUCUCCUUUAUACCAUGGCUCACAACUUAUUUUGGGGGAAAAUACCUUGAGCAGAAUUCAGUGGGAAAAGAAUCUCUACCCCUUUCUGUUCCAAAUUCAUUUUUAUCCUUUCCUGUCUCAACAAAAACUUUAUGGAAUCAACACCACCGUGCUCUGUGGGAAAAAAGAAAAACCUUCUGCUCCCUUAGCUCUGCUGGAAGCUGGAGGGUGCUAGGCCCCUGUGUAGUAGUACACAGAAUUCUAGCUUUUUUCCUCCUUUCUCUGUGUAUUGGGCUCAGAGAUUACAUUGUGUCUCUAUGUGAAUAUGGACAGUUAGCGUUUACCAACAUGUAUCUGUCUACUUUCUCUUGUUUAAAAAAAGAAAAAAAAACUUUAAAAAAAUGGGGUUAUAGAAGGUCAGCAAAGGGUGGGUUUGAGAUGUUUGGGUGGGUUAAGUGGGCAUUUUGACAACAUGGCUUCUCCUUUGGCAUGUUUAAUUGUGAUGUUUAACGGACAUCCUUGCAGUUUAAGAUGACACUUUUAAAAUAAAAUUCUCUCCUAAUGAUGACUUGAGCCCUGCCACUCGAUGGGAGAAUCAGCAGAACCUGUAGGAUCUUAUUUGCAAUUGACAUUCUCUAUUGUAAUUUUGUUCCUGUUUAUUUUUAAAUUUUUCAUUUUGUUUCACUGGAAAGGAAAGAUGACGUUCAGUUUUAAACGUUAAAAGUGUACAAGUUGCUUUGUUACAAUAAAACUAAAUGUGUACACACACACCAAAAAAAAGAAACUGUAAAGGAUAUUAUUGGGACAAUUGAGGAAAUUUAAAUAAUGGGCCGAUUGUAAUUGUAUUUAUGUUAAGUCUCCUUAGAGUGAAUAGUAUAUAGUAGUUGCAUGUAAGGAUAGCUUUGUUCCUAGGAAAUACCUGCUGAAUGUUUAGGUGUGAAGGGUCACAAUAGCUUCAAGUAACUGUUUAAUGGACUGGGGAAAAACAGAUAGAUAGAUAGAUAGAUAGAUAGGCAGAUGGAAGAGGGAGGGAGAGAGAGAAUGUAGCAAAACAUCAACAAGUGAUAUGCCUAAAUGAAGGGUAUAGGGUGUUUAUUUACUUAUUUUUUUUUUGCUGCAUCCUGCAACUUGCAGUUUCCCUGACCAGGGAUUGAACCCGUGCAUGCAUUGGCAGGCGGAUUCUUAACCACUGUGCCACCAGGGAAGUCCCUCGACUACUGUUAAUUGAGUCAAGGGUAGGGCAUCUUACCCACAAACAUCUAAUCUAUAGAUUUGCAGGGGGUUCGUGAGAUGGACUGUCUUAAGGAAAUAGAUCCUCUCUUUGGGGAAUUUAGAUCUCAAGACAUGAAGAGUUGAACAGCUAUAGCAAGAUUAGAAAUCAUACAUAAAGCAAAGCAGGGAUGCACCUGAAACAAGAGUACCAAGGUGGCAGGGUCCUGGGAUAAGAAUUGAUCAAAAACUUACUAAUGCUGAGGGAGUGACAGCUAGGUCUACACUGGGUCCUAAGGGCCACCCAGUUCCUGAGCUACGUUCCACUCUCUGUGAGACCUACAUAUUCAGCCCUUCUUGUAGUGACAAGUAGGGUUCCUGAACUUCCAUGGGGCCCAACUGUGUGUCUGAGGUUCCUGUUUCUCUAUGUAUCCUUAAAAUGUACCUCCAGGUUUCAGUUAGGGUGGUUCCAGUUCAAGUAGCGGGAAUCCUAACUCAGUCUACCUUAAACAGUAAGGAAAUACAUCUCAGAUACCAGGAGUUUCAAAGGUAGUGAGCUCUAUAAACAGCACUAUCAGGGCUGAAGCUCCGUAUCUCUCAGUUCUGACCUUCCCCCUCUGUUGGCUUUGUCAUCAAAGCCCCCAGUUGGCUGUAAACAGCAGUUGGAAUAUGUUCCUUGUUCAUAUCUGUUAGAAAUAGGGUCUCUUCCCCAAACCAUGUAAUAAAAAUCCUGCUCGUCAGCAUGAUUGUGCCAACUUUGGACAGAUGCCAAUCUUUGAAUGGCCUAAGAAACGCCACAUGCAGGGAAUUCCCUGGCGGUCCAGUGGUUAGGACUCUGCACUCUCAUUGCUGAGGGCCCGGGGUUCAAUCCCUGGUCGGGGAACUAAAAUCCCACAAGCUGCGCAGCAGGGCCAAAAAACCAAGCCAAAACAAAACAAAAUAAAAAAGAAAUGCCACAGGCUGAUUAGGUUAAGCCAGAAUCUCUGAACCAAUAAAAGGCAAGGGGAUGAUAUUGGCAUGACUGACUUUAACUGUAGCGACCUACUCUUGGAGCUGAAGAUAGUCAGCUUUUUCUCAGUGACAUGGGAUAUGUAAGGGGAGAUGUGGACUCCUGAACAAAACUGGGAUUUUUUUGUAAUUUAUUUAUUUAUUUAUUUAUUUAUUUUGGCUGUGUUGGGUCUUCGUUUCUGUGCGAGGGCCUCCUCCAGUUGCGGCGAGCAGGGGCCACUCCCCAUCGCGGUGCGCGGGCCUCUCACUGUCGCAGCCUCUCCUGUUGCGGAGCACG